AUGGCCAGACAGUCUACUCUUCGCCCGCUGGCCGACCACCCGUUUACUCCCGUCUCUCUGUGGUGCCUGAAGUGCUUACGCACUUCGGUGAAGAACUAUGACCCCUCUGAGGGGAAGAAUUUCGCGACUGGCUGCGUUUUUGACGCGGCGUCCUCGGUGAAGUGGCUGCGGGAAUGUUGGGAAACGGUGUCGAUCUUGCCGCAAUCCUCAGAGUGGGCCGAUUUCUUCUUCGCCGAGGAGAGUGAGGAAAUUUGGGACUUGUUCUUGCGGUCCGUGGUGGGCUGCGCCGCGGCUGCGUUGGCGGGCAAAUUCGCGGACGCCGAAAAGGCACAUCGGGUGGAGCAUCAGACGUCCGCCGCAACAAAGAAGGCUAUGGCGAAAUUCCAAAAGUAUUGCCGUCCGGGCCGUGUACUUGCCAAUUGA